UAAGAAUUAGGUCGAGUUUUACAGAUACAUCGUGAAUAUUUUAAGGGAGUGGCUUAUAGAUUGGAACUAAAUUAAUGUUUCAAUAAUAAUAUAUAAUAAAACAUAUAAAUGUAACAAUAUUUAUGUAUUCCAAUAACGUAAAAAUGGUUGUUCCGUAUCAAUAAAUCCUGAAUCAACAACGACAAUUGAUAAAAAUGAUACGUAUAUUUGUUUGUUUAUUAGUAGUGAGCUCGUUUGAGUUUUGUCUUUGUAGUCGAGUGUUAGUGGUGUUCCCUGUGCCGUGGAGAAGCCACGCUGUCUUGGGUAACUCUGUCGUGAAAACUCUUGUGGAAACCGGUCAUGAGGUGACGUACGUGACUCCCUUCCCGCGGGAGAUGGCUGCAGAGAGGCUCACGUAUGUUGACGUCAGCGACGCCUUGCGGGGUUACGACCAAGUUCAGCUGCCAGAGCUUCUGAAGAGCCCCGCAUCGCAAUAUGAGUGCAUGCAGCAAGGACCAGACUUCGCACGAAGGAUGUUGCAGCACGACGCGGUGCAAGCGCUGCUGAUUGGGGAGAAGUUCGACGUCGUCAUAGCCGAGUGGUACUUCAGCGGACUGCUCGCUCCCCUAGCGUUCGUGUACUCCUGUCCACUAAUCUGGUACAGCGCUCCCGAGCUGUCCUGGCACCAGCUGCGGCUGAUGCACGAACCCAGCAGCCCGGCCUAUUCAGCAGACCUGACCUCUCAUCAUGUGUCAUUGAGACCCUACAGCUUCUGGCAGCGCGUGCAGCAGAUGUGGCUUCAAGUCUACUUGAGCGCAUGGGGAUACUACAUCACUAACAGUGUGGAACUCCCAGCCUAUCAAGAUAUCUACCAGCUGCCUUUAGCCAUCAAUGGCCGGAUGCUCCCCGACUAUGAUACUUUAGUCUAUAACGCGUCACUGAUGUUCGUGAACUCACACCCUCCGCUUGGGCAGACGAUACCAGUACCAGGGAAUGUCAGGCUGGUCGGUGGUCACCACAUCGAGCUGCCUCUACCGUCAUUACAACAGGAAUUAAAAUCAGUCAUGGAUAAAGCAAAAGCCGGAGUGAUCUUAUUCAGCCUAGGUCCAGAUUUCCUCGGCAAGGUGCUGCCACAGGACUUGAAGCGCGACCUGGUGAGGACGUUUGAGCACCUCGAGCAGACAGUGGUCUGGCAGAUGGAAGAGAAGCUUGACUUCACACCGAAGAAUUUGUAUUUGACGAACUCGUCACAAAUUAGCAUUUUGAAUCAUCCCAAUACUUUGGUGCUUGUCACGGUUGGCGACAUAGUGUCCAUGAUAGAAGCUACCUACACGGGUGUACCUGUCAUAGGAAUACCUCUCCAUGGAGAUCAGUUCUCCAACAUAGAUCUGGCAGUGGAGAGAGCCUGCGCGAUCAGAGUGGAUGUCACAAGAUACCUGGUCAGGGAGCUGAAGGAUGCUAUCAAUGAGAUUGUUGGUAAUUACAGCUAUCGAAGCAAUGCGAAGACAUCGUCUUCCAUCUUCCGGCGCCGAAUGCCUCCAGCCCACAUGGAUCUGCAGCACUGGGUGCAGCUGGUGGUCUCCACACGAGGUGCUACACACCUUCGCUCUCCAGCGCUGGGACUUUCUUUUUUUGAGAGAUAUAACCUGGAUAUCCUGGCUGCUUGCGCCAUGCUGCUGUGGUUCCUCUCGAAAGUCGUCAAGGUGGUGCGGGUACACCUCCGGGAGGAUGAGCACACAGACAGAUAUGGAAAGAAAUACCAAUAAAAGUAUUUAGCUUGUGUUAAUUUUAUCUUCGAAAAGGAGUGGGUGCCGUCCUUUUAUUUGUGAGAAAUAUUUAUUAUGCACUAUAAAUUAAGUAAUAGUUCUACAUAACGACUACAUACGACUUAACACCUUAUCCUUGACUUAUUUAGUCCUUUGAAAAGUCCACCUCCCAUUGGAUUAGAGCCAAAUUGAUCAAAUUUGAUGUUUAUCACGGGUCAAUAGAUUGAUUAACGAUAUGACCGUCUUCCGCGGGUUAUCCGGCCCUCGAUCGCUACAGUAGAUACAAUACAGAGUCUGGGCUUAUAACAUAUUAAUGCGCCUAUUUUUUAUUAUUUUAAAUACAACUAAGCAGGCAAACUGGUAUGCUGUACCUGCAAUACAUGUGUGUUGCCGACCGUGAAUAGAUAUUCCUACCUUUUUUAAUUACUUUUAAACUUUCGCGUUGCAUAAUUAUAUACUAAAGAAUAGGUAUUAAACACGCACAUACCUUUUAUGUGCGCAUUUAAUACCCGUUCUUUAGUACACCUUUUCCAAUGUUGUCAUUUACAACCUUAGAGUACACAGAAGGAAGUUUCUUUUGAAGCGGCCAGUAAGCGACACUUUGAAAUCCAAGGUGAUUGAUUACUGACUUAUGUAAAAAGAACAGCAAGUUUUCCCUAAUUAUAAAAUGUAACUACAUAUGUUUUUAGUAUAUAUACACGAUCACGUCUCAAACUAGUAGAUCUAUUUGAAAAAGCUUGGUCUCUAUGAGUAUCUGUAUACUUUAAUGGCGAUGAGAUCGUGAGAGAAACAGAAAUAGAGUCAGCAUUGCCGCCGAACCAGACCGAACUUGAACUUGCCUCAAUUAAAUGAAGGCCGACAUUUAUGGGACGUUUAAACUCGGUCGGCUGUAGUUUAAAAAGCUAAUACUACCUUGGUAAAUCAAUUCGCUUGACUAUAUUUUGUGGCCUGUUUUAUGUAUCGCACUGCUAGGCAAAGGACUCCUUUUUUGUCUUGAACCGUUUGUUACAACCGCGCUGAAACUUGUCUAGAUCGUUCCGCCAUUUUUACGUGGUCUACCUCGACGCCUGCGCCCAUCGGGAACCAAAGUUGUUGGUGAUCUGUGCCCAUUCCUCUGGCGCCCAGUUACACUUGAGCCUUGCACUCUUGGCGCCCACGUCAAUGAUCCUGGUUUUGGCACGUAUGUCUGUUUGUGUUUCUGAGCCUAUGAAAUCUGCGAACACUUAGUAUGCUGCGCUCCAUUGCGCAUUGGCAAACAUUGACUCUGAGCAUUUGAUCAUCAGUCAGCGACAGGGUUUGUGCACCGUAGGUAAUGGGCAGAAUACACAUGUCGAAGAGUUCACGCUGGAGACAAAGUGGACGGUUGCCCUUCAUUAGCGCUGUCUUUAACCAACACCUCUUCCAGACUGAACGAUAAAUAUGAUAAAUUAAAUUUUAUCUCCGUGCCGUGUUAAGUUUUAUAUGGUAAUCCCAUUUAGUAUAUGGUAUCCCUUUAAACAUUUAAACGUAUGACAACACUUGUAUUUUUGACGUAUCCGGUUCACUUCCUUCUUCUUUUGAAUCUGUCAUGGCCGGACGUGCUAUAAGACCUUUUAUAUUAAUUAGUGUUUAUUAUAGUUC